AUUAUAAAAUAGUUAACUACAAAUAUUAAUAUUCAAUCAAUUUGGCUAUUAAUUCGCCAGCAAACUGGAUAAAUCAACUUGAAUCGCCUGUUGCUCUUUAUUUUCUUAUGGCGAAUUAAAUUGUUUACAAAUAAAAAUGAAAAAUGAUUGAAAUUAAGGCGAAAUUGGUGCGUGCCGACUCUGCUAUAUAUGCGACAGGAGAACGCAUAGAGUGUCUAAUUGAAUUUACCCACAAAGUCUUUACGGAAGAAGCGGAGCAAGUGCGUUCAAGAAAUGCCAACGAAUCAAGCCUGGAGAACCUGGCAUGGGCCUCAGCUCAAUUGCAUUGCUACCGGAAGACAAGCUAUUCCAUUUCAUCUGUGGAUAAGACAAGCGAGCUGACCGAACUUAUAGGGCGAACUGCCUUAGAUGCAGUGACACAGGCUCCCGGGGAAGUUAUAGUGGCCACCAAGCCAAAGAUAUUGUUUUGUGACCUCAAAUUGCAGCCGGGCGAGACCAAGAUGUAUUACUUUAAUGAGUUUGUGCCACGGGAAGGACCGCCCACAUAUCGAGGCCACGACAUUAGAUACUUUUACAAGAUCACCAUAGCGACUCAGCGAGUUAAAUCCAAGGUGCAGACCCUAACAGUGCCCAUUCGUGUGCUGCCGAUACCGAUAAUAGCCCGACCAGAGGAGCUACAUGUAACAGUGGAAACCAAUGAGGAGUUGGCACCAACCAAUCCUUUUCUGGAGAAGCGUGAGAUAAGUGAACUGGAGAUAUCGUGGCAUCAUUUGAAGAAUGUAACCGCACGUAGAGCUCCAAAAUUCUAUCGCAUUUCGAAUAAGCACGGAUUUGUGGGACGUUUCUGCCUAUUCAAGCCGGCCUAUAAAUUAGGUGAGGAUAUUGUGGGCAGCUUGGACUUUGAUCAGUGUCAAGUGCGUUGUGUCCAGUUCUCGGUGAAAUUGCAACAACAGGAGCUGCCUCUAAGGCCCCAAUUGGAGCAUCAGUCGUCGACUGCCGACGAUAGUACAUCUGUCAGUUCAUUUGAUAUGGCCAGCAUAGCCAGUGGCAUAGCUGUUGAUAAUCUCCACAAGUCCUCGACAUCGGGUAGCAACCGGGACAAAGAUGGACAAUUGCCGAAUCCAUCUGGCAAAGUCUCAACCAUUUCCACCACACAUCAAGUGUGCUAUGCCACAAGCCAGACUCAGGUGGUGGUGCCCAUUCCCUUGCAUGUGACACCAACAUUCCGCACCGAUCUCGUAGAUGUCAAGUGGCGGCUUCAUUUUGAAUUUGUCACGAGCACCAUGAUGGAUUUCGGUCGUCCCAAUCCCGAGUCGGGUGAAUUAAAGGCUCCAGCCGAGCUGCCUGUAGAGACAAUGGUGUGGAAUCUUCCGGUGACCAUCUAUGCAGCCAAUCCCCUGCAGAUCUAUGCACCGACGCAAACAUUCAAUUUGUUAAUCAAGUGAAAUAGUUCAAUAAAUGUUAAACCAAA